AUGAAGACUUUCCUCAGAUCGUUGCCUGACAAAGUUCCGAACGCCAACAUCGUGGUUACUGGGGACUUCAACGAAUUUUCGCAGACACGUUUCUUCACUGACCUCCAUCAUGACGGAAAUCGAGGAGCUCGCGAACAUACCACCCGUGGAACGAUAUACCUAUUCGAUCAGAACUCUGAACAAUUGGACCAUACGUUCGUUUCACAGGCUAUUGGGCAGAGAACGGUGGAAGCAGAGCAUCUUCAUGUAAAUAACUGGUCGCCCUCGUUACAGGAGCGUGUCAGUGUCAAGUGA